GGAGCUCGGCGCUGCCCUGCGUCACGGGAGGCUGGCGGCCAGCCCCUCACCGACACCGACACCACCGGCACCGACACCGAACAGCGGCACCGACAGCGCGCGGCGCCCACACCAGACCCGGGCGGCGGUACCGAGAGCGGCACCGGAGCAGCCCGGGCGGCGUCCCCCGGGAGCGGCGGCGGCGGCUCCCCCCGGCCCCUUCCCGGCCAUGCGGUGAGAGCCGCCCGCUCGCUGCCCCCCGGUUCCCCCUCUCGCCGGUCCCGGCAGCUUCCCCGCAGGCUGCCCCACGGUACCGGCGCCGGUGCUGCCCUUCCCCUUGCAUCCCGCCGGAGAUCGGCGGCUUCUCGCUCGGCUCCUCGAUCUGAGGAGGGAAAACCCGCCCCGAAAUAACGAGAAGAACCCCCCGGCCCCUCGGGAGAGGCGGCCCGGAAAGGCACCACCGGGAUCAGCGGGAAGUUGGGCUGGGUUUGGGGCCGGUUCCCGGUGCUUUCCCGCUGCCCGCCGACAGGCAGCGGCGGGUGGGAGGCAAUCGGGGUGUUUCAUCUACGGCAGCCCCCAGAAAAGUCGCUUUGGAUUUGUUUCCUCGCUGGCACCCGGAUCUCCCUCCCCCUGCCCUGGGCUCAGCCGGCGGGACCCUCCGUGGCCAUGGCCGAGCGCGGGCCUGGCUCCGGCCGGGCCUCACAUCCCGGGGGAGUGCUGGAGACGCCGCUGGUUUGACCGGGGAAUGGUGCUGGGAACCGGGGCGCUGGGAUCGCUCCUGGGCCUUGCUGUCACCUCCUCAGGGAUUUCUCCUCCACCUUUUUUUUUUUUUUUUUCCCCUUCUUCUUCUUCUUCUUUCCCUGAAAAACCAGCCAAGGCUUUUCCCCACAGCGCCAUCCCGGUGCCGAACGAGCUGACGGGAUCACCGGGAGGGGUUCGGUGGCUUUUUUCGGCCGUGGGGAUUGCGUUAGGACGUGUGCGUGUCCGUCCCCCCGACCCCGGAACCGGCCAUGGCGCUGAAAGCCCGAGCACUCUACAACUUCCAGAGCGAAAACAAAGAGGAGAUCAGCAUCCAGGAGAACGAGGAGCUCGUCAUCUUCAGCGAGAACUCCCUGGACGGAUGGUUACAGGGCCAGAACAGUCGCGGGGAGACCGGCCUCUUCCCAGCCUCCUACGUCGAAAUCCUCCGCUCCCGUUCGGGCUCCAACUACACGGACUACUCGGGCAGCCCAGCCGGCUCCCCAGGGCACGAUUCCUCCUUCUACACAGCACCCCCCAACCCCGGCAUCUCCUACCAGGGCAGUUUUGAGGAUGACGAUGAUGAUGAUUGGGAUGACUGGGACGAUGCUUGCACGGUGGUGGAGGAACCCCGGAGCGCGACGGGUACCAACGGGCACCCUUCGCCCAACCUGCAGUGCCUGCCGGCGUACGGCCACCACCAACAUGCCGGUUACCGUCCCAAGCCGGCCCUGGAGAGGCAGGACAGCAUGAGCUCCUCCAAGAGGGGCAGCGUGGUGGGCAGGAACCUCAACCGCUUCUCCUGCUUCGUCCGUUCAGGGGUGGAAGCCUUCAUCCUGGGUGACGUGCCCCUGAUGUCCAAGAUCGCUGAGGCCUACUGCAUUGAGAUGGGGUCCAAAGGGCCCCAGUGGAGAGCAAACCCCCACCCCUUCAUCUGCUCUGUGGAGGACCCGACCAAGCAAACCAAGUUCAAGGGCAUCAAGAGCUACAUCUCCUACAAGCUGACCCCCAGCAACAUCAACUCGCCCGUCUAUCGGCGGUACAAGCACUUUGACUGGCUCUACAACCGCCUCCUCCACAAGUUCACCGUCAUCUCGGUGCCCCACCUCCCCGAGAAGCAGGCCACGGGGCGCUUCGAGGAGGACUUCAUCGAGAAGCGCAAGCGGCGGCUGAUCCUCUGGAUGGACCAUAUGACCAGCCACCCCGUCCUCUCCCAGUACGAGGGCUUCCAGCACUUCCUCUGCUGCCGCGACGAGAAGCAGUGGAAGCUGGGCAAACGCCGGGCGGAGAAGGACGAGAUGGUGGGUGCCAGUUUCCUCCUCACCAUCCAGAUCCCCACGGAGCACCAGGACCUGCAGGACGUGGAGGACCGCGUGGAUGCCUUCAAGGCCUUCAGCAAGAAGAUGGACGACAGCGUCCUGCAGCUGACCAACGUGGCCUCAGAGCUGGUGCGCAAGCACGUGGGGGGCUUCCGGAAGGAGUUCCAGAAGCUGGGCAACGCCUUCCAAGCCAUCAGCCACUCCUUUCACAUGGACCCCCCUUACAGCUCAGAUGCCCUCAACAAUGCCAUCUCCCACACGGGCAAGACGUACGAGACCGUGGGGGAGAUGUUCGCCGAGCAGCCCAAGAAUGACCUGUUCCUCAUGCUGGACACUCUGUCUUUGUACCAAGGGCUCCUCUCCAACUUCCCAGACAUCAUCCACCUCCAGAAAGGCGCCUUCGCCAAGGUGAAGGAGAGCCAGCGGAUGAGCGACGAGGGCCGGAUGGACCAGGAGGAGGCGGACGGGAUCCGCAAGCGCUGCCGGGUGGUGGGCUUUGCCCUGCAGGCCGAGAUGAACCACUUCCACGAGCGGCGUGUGGCCGACUUCAAGAGGAUGAUGCAGUCUUACCUGAAGCAGCAGAUCGUCUUCUACCAGCGCGUCAGCCAGCAGCUGGAGAAGACGCUGCGCAUGUACGACAACCUCUAACGCCUCCGCUUGCUGCCCCGCCGAAAGCACCCGCUGCUCUGUCCGCCGCCUCGCAGAGCCUCCUCUGACUCUGACCAGCUGAGAACGAACGGGAACUCGUGAUGCUAGUGACCAAAUACCUUUGGGCUUUCUUCCCCAUUCCUGGGCUGCGGUCCCGUGGGGAGGGGGCUCGCCCACGGGCUGGCCGUGCCGCCUCUUUUCCUGGGGAUCUCCCACCCUGCCGCGGGCCUGGUGGGGGUGUGGGGGUCUCCCGAGAGCGGUGGGCAUGGAGGUAACGGUGCCGUUGUCUCUGCCCAGUGAUUUUUAGCUUUCUAAUACCCCAUCCUCCCAGAGCAGAGAGGUGGGUACCUCCCAGCCUGCUGGGAGAAGACAUCAAAGCGGUCGACAUUUUGCACACUAAAAGCUUUUCUGAUGGAAAAAGGAGAAGAAAGAGAUCUUUAUUUGGAAGAGGAUGACUUUCUUGGGUUUUUUUGUCACAAGAUGUUUUCAAUUUUUCGCAAAUGUUUCUGCAGCAUUUUUACCAGUAAGUUUUUAAAUAGACACACAGAAGCGAAGGGAAAUCUCCUUCUUGAGCACAGCUGUUGACUGGGAAAAGGGAGGGGGGGAAAAAAAAAGGGAAAAAAAAAAAAAGACCCACAGCCUUUUCAAUAAAAUUGUUGG